CUACAUGCAACAUUCAAAACGAAAACGGAAAACAACUUUUAAACUCCCCCCAAUUCUCAGAGAUUUUCAUGGCAAAACCCUAAUUACAGUCAUCAUCAUCGACUAAAUGGCCUCUAUAUCAACAUGCUUCACUAUCACACCUACUUCCUACCCUAAACCUUCAUCCAUAUUCUCCCGCCAAUUUCACUAUGGCGUUUUUCGUACGCAGUUUUUGACGUUACGGAAUCGGAAUAAUAUUAGUAAGAGUAGUAGUUUUGUGUCUAAAAUUAGGGCCGGUUCUGAUUAUGCCCCGUCUGCGGUUGCACCGGCGGUGGUCCGGCGGCCGGGGAGGAUCAUCGAGAGCGAUAAGUUACCGGCGGAGAUGAGGAAGAGAACGAUGGAGGCUGUGGAUAAGUGUGGAAGGAGAGUGACGGUUGGUGACGUGGCAAGUAAGGCUGGGAUUAAGUUGACUGAAGCUCAAAAGGCGUUACAGGCCAUUGCUGCUGAUUCUAAUGGCUUUUUGGAGGUUUCAGAUGAAGGUGACAUCCUUUAUGUGUUUCCAGAAGAUUAUCGCUCAAAGCUUGCUUCUAAAUCACUUUGGAUAAAAACAGAACCUUAUCUCGAGAAAGUUAAGUUAGGUGCUGAAUACUUGAUCAGGGUUACUUUUGGAACAGCAUUAAUUGCUUCCAUUCUUAUUGUAUGGACAACGAUCAUUGCUAUUCUCACAAGUAGCAGUGAUAAAGACGAUAACAAAAGAAGCAGAAAAAGAAGCAGGAGAAGUUCGUCUGACUUACUAUUGUCUGUACUUCCUAGUCCAUCUGAGUUGUUUUGGUAUUGGGAUCCGUAUUACCAUCGGAGGCGAUUUCAAAACGUAGAUAACGGAAUGGGUUUCAUUGAACCUGUAUUUUCAUUUGUGUUUGGUGAUGGUGAUCCGAAUGAAGGUAUUGAAGAACAAAGGUGGAAGAUGAUCGGUCAGUACAUUGGAUCAAAUGAUGGUGUUGUUACAGCCGAGGAACUUGCUCCGUAUCUCGAUGUAGAAACUGUUGUGAAUACGGAUGAUGACUCAUACAUACUACCUGUUCUUCUGCAUUUUGAUGGUCAGCCACAAGUUGAUAAAGAGGGUAACAUCUUGUAUCGGUUUCCAUCACUUCAACGUACCGCUGCUUCCAAAAAGAGGAGUAAAAAGGAACUAGAGAAAAUAUUUAAGGAUCGCGUUGGAGGGCCUCGUAAGUUCUUUAAGGAAAAUAAAUGGGAACUCAGUAAAACGUCUGAUACAGAGAGGGCCGUGAUUGGUGGUUUAGGCGGGCUCAAUCUGUUUGGGGUGAUUGUUCUUAGCGCCAUGUUGAAGACUGUAACAGUUGUUGAACCAAGCCCUUUCAUUUCGUUUGUAUAUAAAAUACUCCCUCUUCUUCAGCUAUAUGCCGUCUCUUUUUUUGCUAUUCCUACGACCCGAUGGUUUCUUAUUCAAAGAAGAAACGCUGAAAUAGAAAAAAGGAACCGGGCUAGAGAGCUCCGUGCACAAGCACUUCAAUUGCCGGAUGUCGCCCUCAAACAAAAGAUUCUGAGUGCCCAAGACAUGUCUGAAAGGACCGUGAUUGACCAACAUCGAAUUGUGUAUACUACCGACAAAGACGUGUCCGAACAAGACUAUGAUAAACACGAGUGGGACAAGAGAUUCAAAGAUGCACAAUAGCCUGGUUCAUAGAUUUAUAGAGGGUGGAUAUAUUACGAAAUCAGUUAUAAUUUCAAUGAUUUUGGUAUGGUUAAUUACUUAUGGUUUGCAUGCGACCACAUGACCGUUACGCAAGGUCUAAGGGCCUAAACAAAGCAUGUACAACUUGUUCUGCUUGCUUAAUCUAUCAUGGUGGUGUUAGUUUAAGAACUUCCUUAAUCUAUAUCGUUUACUUAUUAUGUAA